UUCACUUUUUAUUCUUUCUUUCCGGUUUAGGAUUUUGUCAAGUGUGCUUGUUCUCGAUUUCGAGCUAAGGCCAAAUUUUAUAAAAAAUUACCAAUUUUUGGCGACUUGCACCAAUAAUAAUUUAAUUACUUCAUAACUAUGUCUACAAAAGCUGAACUUGCUUGCGUUUACGCUGCUCUCGUUUUGGUUGAUGAUGACAUCGCUGUUACUGGUGAGAAAAUCACCACCAUCCUGAAGGCCGCCAGUGUUGAUGUUGAACCCUACUGGCCCGGUUUGUUCGCCAAGGCUUUGGAAGGUAUCAACGUUAAGGACUUGAUCACCAACAUUGGUUCCGGUGUCGGUGCUGCUGCCCCAUCUGGUGGUGCUGCGCCAGCUGGCGGAGAUGCUGCACCAGCUGAGGCCAAGAAGGAAGAGAAGAAGAAGGAGGAAGAACCAGAGGAGUCCGAUGAUGACAUGGGUUUCGGUCUCUUCGAUUAAGUUAAACGUUUUGUAGUUUUUAUAAAAACUUUUGAAGUGUUGUAAUGACAAAGUUUUACAAUUACAAUUGUAUACUGAGUAUAUAAAACGUGAAA